CCGAAAAAUAGAAAAGCUGCCCAUCGUCCUGGCUGGUGCUCGAGUAGUAGAAUGCAUCAGCGCCUGCUGCUGCACCUGUCGCGCGUUCUGUUCUUCAGUUCUUGUUUUCUGUGCUGAGCUGAGUUUGAGAUGAGGUGCGAGACGAGACCAGACCAAACGAGACGAACCGUAGACAAAAUUUUUCGAGAAACCAACUUGCAUACGACCACCUAGAGGAGCCAGCAGCAGCCGUUCUUGCCUGGUCUAAUAGAUCAGAAAAAAAACAAAUAAAAUGAGGUAGGGUCGGGCGGCCGCGUGCUUUCCUCGUCGAACCAACACCAUGCGGCGCCGCGGGCGGCGGAAGGCCUCCUCUGGAGAAAUCAUGUCCUCGUCGCACAGUAAAUUCGUGCCAAUUUUUCGUUCGGAAAAGUCGGGAUCUUCAUUCUCCGCGGUGUCGCGGGCGGUUAUGCUUGCGACGCCACUUCUCUGCUGGCUCUUUUCCGCUUCGAACCUGACUACGUCAACCACCGCCCUGCGCAUCCCGACCUCCGGUGACGCGCAGGACGAUGAGGGCGAGGAGCCCUGUGCUUGCGACCUCUGCUACGGGGAGCACCUGACGAGCGGGUUGGAGGCCACGCGCCCGGGCAUCGCGUUUCAGUGCGCGACAAAGGUCCCCGGGAAGUGCGCGCAAGCAGGCUUGUCGGAAACCUGGGUGAUCAAUAUCAACCGCGUAGUGGAGAAAAACCGGUGGUGCGAGUCCACUUGCAAACCGAUCCGGCCCGUGUCCAUGAAAGAUUUGAACGUAGACGGCAGCCAGGGCGCGGCUAUCCCGUCGUGAAAAUAAAACGUUUCUACUUAUUAAGUACGAUAACGCGGUUGCACGUCGACGGGAUGCGCAAGUGAAAAUCGUGUGACAUGGAAGAUGCGCAGUCUCAUGCGACGAGGCGUUGUGCAGUGCUUGCGUAGGCGUUUUCGAAUAAUUCAGAUUUUCCAGCAUGCUUUGGUACUCAGGACGAACUACAUUGUCGGUUUGUCAUGCACCCGCAGAGUCUGACACAGACACUGAUCUGCUUUUCUCCUGUGCCGUGACAGCAUCAAGCACCCGGAGCCUUCAGAACGGCUGGAGCUGUCUAGCAGAAUCGAUUCGCAUGCUCUUAGAGAAUGAUCGACUGAACUGUCGGGACGUUUUAUUUCCUCAGCAUAGGGAUAGAAGCGGGAGGACCAAAUGGGGCUGGGUUGAAAUGUGAGCCUUUGACUGAGAAGGAAAAGCAGAAAGCGCGGGACGCGAAUCUAGGAAACGGUGCGGCGUGGACCAUGUACAUCACUCCAAUGACGGACUCGCUCACGUCCGACAUUUUCAUGGCUGCGGCCCCGCCAAAAGGAGUACUAGAUGACCUGCGACAGGUGUUUCAACAGAGCAGUGCGCUGGACCCGCUCGCGCCACCGGUAAUACUUCAGUUUCCUACAGGAACAGUACGUGUCUCGCGUAGAACCACUGCGGAAGUAGUCGCUGUAGCUUUUUCUAUCUUCAUCAUGUUGAUUGUUUUUGUCGCUUUCUUGGAACGCAAACGAUGCGACGUGGGUACCAUUUGUUUUACCAAAAUUGCUACAACAGCCCCCGCCGCCGGUGGUCAACCUUUGCAAAUGCGAUUGCUCGGACCCCAUUGUUAUCCUGUGCAAAUAUAAUGUCUGCGUCUGGAAGAGUGCACUUUGUGAUGCGAUGAAGGCUCGAUCACAUUCACAUCAAAGAAAUAUGUGUUGCAUGAACGCCAAAAGUUGCCGCCUUCUGGAUAGGCAAAAAAAUGCGAAUUUCUCAUGCGAGAUAGGCAACAAGAUUCAAGAAAUUGAAGGUCUCGAAAAAUCUGUGAUGCUUCUGUGUGCAGUCAAAGCCGCCAUGCGUUCGGUCCGCGAGAUGCAUGAGAAAUUUUGCAGCCUUCCAGACCCAGACGAGGUUGCAAUGCAUGAGCUUUGCCGAACCACCCCCGCCGCCGCCACCGGAGGAAGUACCCGGCGACCCCGUCCCGCCGUCUUACCUGAUGCCAUCCGGCGCCCCGCCCCCGGCACCCCCGAUUUUACCGCCGCCGCCCCCGCCCGCGCCGCCAGCUGCGCCGCAGCCACUCAGUUUGGCCGCACCGCUACCCGGGAUUCCUCCGAUGCCGGUAAACGUGGAAGCGGAUUCCCUCUACGGGUACGGCAGCGGUCCGGGAGGGUUCGGUAUCCAAGAAAAGCUGAUUGUUCUUGCGAUUCUGUCAUGCGCAAUUAAUGCUGGUCAUGCGCUGCAGGGCCCAUUGAUUCAACCGCGUUCACUGCGCGUGGCAGAUUAUUUAUUAUUGCUCUCAUGCGGCCACACAGAUUUGUAAUGCUGUUCCUCCACCAUGAUCAAAAGAAUUACACUGACACGACACUUUUUUCCUUGGAUAUUCGGCAGCACUGCGGGAUCCGGUCUUGGCCUCGGCUCCCCCGCGCCUGGGGUCGUCGCGCCUUUUUUUUUCCAAACGACGAACCGCGAAGCAAACGGUAAUGGGCUACAACUGCACGUGCAGCGCCAAGGAAACCAGGAAGAGCAGUGCCCUCCCUGCUUGUGCGAGAAGCAGAAACUAGAUGCCCGGAUUCAGAGAGACCUGAUUACAGCGACGUCUCAAGCAAUGUCGCAACACCAGCAGAGCAACGGACGGUAGAAAUUUGCAGCAGGAGCGUCGUGUAGAAUUCUUCUCUUGUUUUUUCCGAUUUGACAUGUCGAGCUUCUUCAACUUCUAUCUUUGGUUUCAUGUAUCUCGACGGUGCUGUGACCAUCAGGAUCGGAAGAAGCCCAAGGGUUCUUGAGUUGUCCUGAAGUGGUUUGCCAGGGAUUUUGGGUUAAAAUUGCAAUGGUGUUCCUCCUCCUUCAGUCGGUUACAAGAACACGUUGCGCGGUGUUGCAACACCCAGGUUUUUUCGUGUAAAAAGAAGUAGUGGUCCCAGACGCGGAAGGGUCGAUAUGUCAUUGUAUGCUCAAGCCGCACGGAGAUUGAAAGAAGCUUCUUCUUGUCGUGGAGGAAAAAGCCACGGGUUGACGUGAUUUCUAGUACUUGUGAAAGAUGACCUCCUGGUUGCAAACUCCAUGUAUCAUUGCACUACAACGUCGUGCGAGAGCAUGCUGUGCCGCGAGUAACAUUCGAGUUGCAAGUUAUUUCACCUGGAAGUCUAAGUCUACAAACACAAAGUCAAAGUCUUUUAGAGGAAAUUAGCUUCUUACUUGAAGACUCUAGUACGAGUACGCUUUUGUGCCGAGCGAAGUUUUCUAAAAACAGACGCAGCACCUCACCUGCCAACCCCUUUUACCGGAGGAGAAAAAACCAU